ACUAUUUAAUAUUUGCUAUUAUUACUAUUGGAAAGUAAGGAAAAAGGAAAAAAAAGAAAGGAAAAAAAGUACCUAUAAUUCUAGGAGCCUGAGAUAAAUACUGUUAACUCUUUGGGAUAUAUGCUUCUAUACUUUUGCCCUGGGUAUAUGCUUUAUAAAAAUGGUCGGUUCUGGGCUUCCCUGAUGGCGCAGUGGUUGAGAGUCCGCCUGCCGAUGAAGGGGACACGGGUUCGUGCCCCGGUCUGGGAAGAUCCCACAUGCCGCGGAGCGGCUGGGCCCGUGAGCCUUGGCCGCUGAGCCUGCGCGUCUGGAGCCUGUGCUCCUCAACGGGAGAGGCCACAACAGUGAGAGGCCCGCGUACAGCAAAAAAAAAAAAAAAAAAAAAGGUCGGUUCCAUAAUGUGGGAUACAAUAUGAUCACAGCUCUUAUUUUCCCAGUUAAUCACUCAUGAUUGCAUGUGUCUCAUUAGCAAGAAAUCCAGGAUCUUUAGAUCACCCUGAAUUAUCCAUGAACUUUGGGGGUUUAUACUAUGCCUGGAAUAGUUCAUGACUGCUGUUGCUUCUUAUGGCCACAUGGUGUCACUAUUGGAGCCUGAUCCCAACCAGUCCAUAGGACUUGCUGGUGAAGGAUGCUGUUGUGUCCUUUUGAAAACCGGCUAAACUCAGCUAGGGGCUUGCAGGCUUGAGAUCCCAAGCCUGUGGCUCUCGGUGCGUAGCAGCUCUCUUUCCUGUACACUUCCCCCUAGUUAGUGUGCCCGCUAGCUUCAGGAGCCCCAGGUUAGGACAGUAUUUCCUUUUCUCCUUGGGAACCCACACCAGGGGCUUGUUUAAACCCUCCAAAUAUAAAGGGUCACCUGACACCCCCUUAUCCUGGGAGUGUGGUCACUUCCUCUUGUAGGGCACCGAAGUGGUUAGCUUUCUGUGAAAGAUGUUGUUUGCUCACCCAACGGCUACUUGCCUACUUCUUCUUUACUAACGGAGGCAGCCUCCCACGGGGCCCACCUUCCCAGCUUCUCUUGCAGCUGGGUCACAGACAUUGGCUCAAACCUGGCUGGAGGGUCUUGAGGGGAUGCUGGCUGGGGGAUUUCUGGGGAAGAUUUUCCUCUCUGAUAAAUACACAUGAAUAUAUUUCAGGAGAAAUCUUCCUUAUUGGGACUUCCCUGACCGUCCAGUGGUUAAGACUUCACCUUCCAAUGUAGGAGGUGCGGGUUUGAUUCCUGGUCAGGGAGCUAAGAUCCCACAUGCGUCUCGGCCAAAAAACCUAAAACAUAAGCAGUAUUGUAACAAAUUCAAUAAAGACUUCAAAAAUGAUCCACAUCAAAAAAAUCUUUAAAAAAAGAAAAAAAAAAGAAAAGAAAUCUUCCUUCUUAUAUGUGAGAGGGCAAACCUGCAGACGAAGGCUGAGGUAGCCAGCCUUCAAGAAGAUCUCCAGGUAGCUUUGCCUCCUGGUUUCCAUGCCCUUGUGUAGUCCUCUCGUGCAGUGAAUCAGGGCUGGCCUAUGUGACCGAUUAGAAUACAGCAGAAUGCAGACUUAGAGGGCUAGAUUGUGAAAGGUAUUGAAGUUUCUGCCCUGGUCCCUAUUGGAUUGCUCCCUCUGGAGGGAGCAAGCCACCACACUGUAAGGACACAUACCCCACUGUGAGGACACUCAGACAGAUCUGCAGAGAGGAGUCAACAGCCAGUGCCGACUUGCCAGCCAUGUGGGUGAACCAUGGGGGUCCUUGGAAGUGGACCCUCCAGCUCUAGUCAAGCCUUCAGAUGAGCACAGCCCCAGGUGACAUCUCACUGCACCACAAGGGAGACUGAGCCAGAACCCCCAGUAAGCUGCUCUGACCCACUGAAGCCAUGAGGGAUGAUAAAUAUUGUUGCUUAAAGCCAUACAUUUGGGGGGGGGGGUUGUUAUACAGCAAUAGAUAAGUACUCAAAGGCCAACACUAUAAAGACUUCAGAGAGGAAAGAUGGAAAACACUGGCGUCUUCGAUGACAUCAUGGUGCCACUGAGUUCUCUCAUCCAAGUACUAACCAGGCCCGAGCCUGCUUAGCUUCCGAGAUCAGAUGAGAUCGGGCGUGUUCAGGGUGGUAUGGCCAUAGACCAUGGUGCCACUGAGUUAACCAACCCUGAAACCUCCUACUUCCCAUCCCUUUGAGUGAGAGACGUACACACAAACUGCAAAGCUGAGUGGACCUUCUAGGGCCGUCCAAUCCUUCCACCACCAUGGCUACCAACACUCAGAUAGGGUAGUAGAGGCGCAGAGAGGGAAAGCCUCUUGUUUGCCCCUCGUAGUGUUGGACCCCAGGCUUCCUACGUGGUCAUCCAUGACUCUGUGUUGCCCCACGCCGGCCUCCUGCUCCUGGGACGUGAUGUUCUUCUGUUUUAUUUCUAAAAUGCCUCUUGGGCAAAGCCUCUUCAUAAAAAACCCCUCUAGAGGUCAAAUCCUGAAUCCCUGGUAGGAACCCACCUUUGGAAGCUGAGGAGUCCAAGGCAGUCGGUCGUAUUCUGAUGCUGUGCUCCUGGCCAACACCCAGUCUCCUGGAUUUGACCAAUCCCGGGGGUUCUGACUCCUUGAGCUGCUCCCUUGCUCUGAAAGCCAAGGCAGGGUGGCAUUCUGGGCUGGCAUAGUGAGGGCUGGACCUGGAAAGGGGUGACCAUGACCAGCAUAUCUGGGGCAGCUGCCUCUGGAUGGGGGGCAGCUCUGUCUCAGUGUUCACUAGCUGCAGUGCUCUUGUGUAGUUUGCAUGAGUGUGAGUGUGUGUGUGUGCUUGCGGGCUUGGUUUCUCACUCAUGCACUCAUACUUGAGGGUGUAGCUCUGCCAGUCACUCCUCGGCCCUGAGGGCAGGGCUGAGACCAAAGUCUCAUCUAUGUGUGCCUGGGAAAACCCUAUUUUAUUUAACACUGACAUAGCAUUUCCUCAACACCAGGCAAAGUUCUAGGCACAUUUCAAACUCAUUUAAGCUGCAACAACCCUACAAGCUAUGUACUAUCAUUAUCCCCAUUUUAUAAAUUUAUUUAUUUACUUAUUUUUGGCUGUGUUGGGUCUUCGUUGCUGCAUGCGGGCUUUCUCUAAUUGUGGUGAGCGGGGGCUACUCUUCGUUGCGGUGUGCAGGCUUCUCAUUGCUGUGGCUUCUCUUGUUGCAGAGCACGGGCUCUAGGGCAUGCAGGCUCAGUAGUUGUGGUGCGCAGGCUCAGUUGCUCCGCGGCAUGUGGGAUCUUCCCGGACCAGGGCUGAAACCCGUGUCCCCUGCGUUGGCAGGUGGAUUCUUAACCACUGCGCCACCAGGGAAGUCCCAUCCCCAUUUUAUAGAUGGGAUAAUAGAGGCACAGAGAGGUUGAUUGGCCUAAGAUCAAAGGGUCAGUGAGUAGUGAGUUUGGCUCUGGGUUAGGAUCUUAGCCAUGAUGCCAGCCUGCCUGCGUGUGCUCAGGCUGAAAGGCCUGAUUCUGAACUUCCCUAUGUUUCACAAAGACCACCCACAUGGGGUUUGUGGUUGGACCGCAUGGCAGAGGCCAAGGGCCAAUCACUACCAUCAUCAUCAUCACCAUCAUCGUCAUAACAAUAAUAAUUGUCACCGAAUGCUUCCUAUGGGCCAGGCUCUAUGCCGGGAAUGUUACGCGUACUUAUCUCAGUUCGUCCUCACAGUUAACCCCUCCAGCACAUAUUCUUCUCUCUGUAUCACACAUGAGAUCAUUGAGGCUCAGAGAGGCUGGGGACUUGCCCAAGGUACACAGCUAGGAAGAAGCAAAAUCGGAAUUCAAAUCCAGGCUCGUCAGACGGCAAAGCUCGUUUCCUUGCCAUGUCACCAGACUGGUUUUUUGUUUGUUUGCUUUAAUUUAAAAAAAAAAUUGAGGUGAAAUUCACAUAACAUAAAAUUUUAAACGUUUUAAAGCAUGCAUUUCGGUGGCAUUUGUUACAUUCACUAUACUGUGCAACCAUCACCUCUAUCGAGUCCCCAAAACAUUUUCAUCACCCCAAGCGAGAGAGACCUAUGUACCUAUGAAGCAUUCCCUCCUCUCAGCCCCUGGCAACCACGAAUCUGUUUUCUAUUUCUAUAGACUUAACUAUUUGGGGUAUGUCAUGUAAAUGGAAUCAUAUAUUGUGUGACUUUUUGUGUUUGGCUUCUCUCACUUAGUGUGUUUUUGAAAUUUAGCCACGUUGUACGUGGGUCAGGACCUCAUGCCUCUUUAUGGAUGACUAAUAGUCCAUUGCAGGUACACACCACAUGUUGUUUACUGAUUUGUCAGUUGAUGGACAUUUGUUUCCACCUUUUGGCAAGUGUGAAUAGCACUGCUAUGAACAUUCAUGUGAAAGUGUUUCUUUGAGCCCCUAUUUUCAGUUCUUUGGGGCAUAUGCUUAGGAGUAGAAUUGCUGGGUCAUGUGGCAUUCUAUGAUUCGCCUUAUUUUUUUAAAUUGGAGUAUAGUUGCUUUACACUGCUGUGUAGGUUUCUGCUGUACGGCAAAGUGAAUCAGCUAUACGUAUAAAUAUCGCCCCUCUUUUUUGGAUUUCCUUCCCAUGUAGGUCACCACAGAGCACUGAGUAGAGUUCCCUGGGCUAUACAGUAGGGUCUCAUUAGUUAUCUAUUUUAUACAGAGUAUCAAUAGUGUAUAUAUGUCAAUCCCAACCUCCCAAUUCAUCCCACCCCGCACCUUUCCCCUUUGGUGUCCAUAUGUUUGUUUUCUAUGUCUGUGUCUCUAUUUCUGCUUUGCAAAUAAGAUCAUCUAUACCAUUUUUCUAGAUUCCACAUAUAUGUGUUAAUAUACGAUAUUUGUUUUUCUCUUUCUGACUUCACUCUGUAUGACAGUCUGUAGAUCCAUCCACGUCUCUGCAAAUGACACAAUUUCGUUCCUUUUUAUGGCUGAGUAAUAUUCCAUUGUAUAUAUGUACCACAUCUUCUUUAUCUAUUCCUCUGUUGAUGGACAUUUAGGUUGCUUCCAUGUCCUGGAUAUUGUAAAUAGUGCUGCAGUGAACAUUCGGGUGCGUACAUCUUUUUGAAUUAUGGUUUUAUUUACCUAAGUGUGGGAUUGCUGGGUCAUAUUGUAGUUCUACUUUUAGUUUUUAAAGGAACCUCUAUACUGUUCUCCAUAGUGGCUGUAUUAGUUUAUUAGUUUACAUUCCCACCAACAGUGUAAGAGGGUACCCUUUUCUCCACACCCUCUCUAGCAUUUAUUGUUUGUAGAUUUUUUAAAAUUUUUAUUUAUUUAUUUUAUUUUUGGCUGCAUUGGGUCUUUGUUGCUGCACGCGGGCUUUCUCUAGUUGCAGUGAGCGGGGACUACUCUUCGUUGUGGUGCACAGGCUUCUCAUUGCAGUGGCUUCUCUUGUUGCGGAGCACGGGUUCUAGGCUCGUGGGCUUCAGUAGUUGUGGCAUACAAGCUCAGUAGUUGUGGCUGACAGGCUUAGUUGCUCCACUGCAUGUGGGAUCUUCCCAGACCAGGGCUCGAACCCUUGUCCCCUGAAUUGGCGGGCGAAUUCUUAACCACUGCGUCACCAAGGAAGCUCCAUUGCCCAUUUUUAAUUGAGUUGUUUGUCAUUUUGUGGUUUAUCUUUUUAUUUAGAAAUAACUUUCAACUUACAGAAAAAUUACAAUAUAGUACAAAGAAACCCAAGCAAUCUUUACCCGAAUUCAUCUAUUAUUAACAUUUUGCCCCAUUUGCUUUCUUGCUAUAUCUGUUUUUUCUUUUUUUUUUCCUGAACCACUCGAAUGUAAGUUGCUUACAGGAUGGCCCUUUACCCCUAAAUGCUUCAGUGCAAGGAUUUCACUUACAUAACCGUAGUGCAGUCAUCAACUUCAGUAAAUUCAACACUGAUCUAUUUCUUCCUAAUCUAUCAUCUACAUUCCAAUUUUAUCCAUUGAUCCAAUAAUAUGCAUUUCUUCCUCCAGUUUAGGACCCAGUCCAGGAUCCCAUGUUGCAUUUAAUUAUCAUCUCUCUUUCAUCUCCUUUAAUGUGAAACAAUCCCUCAGUCUUUCUUAGUCUUUUGUGACCUUGACAUUUUGAAUAAUACAGUUUCUUUAAAAAAACAUAGUCUUCUAUACUCUUACCAUCUGAUCUAGCAAUUGUGCUUCUUGGUAUUUACCCAAAGGAGUUAAAAACUUACGGCCACACAAAAACUUGCACAUGGAUUUUUUUUAUCAGCUUUAUUUAUAGUUGCCCAAACUUGCAAGCAUCCAAGAUGCCCUUCAGGAGGUGAAUGGAUAAACCACGGCCCAUCCAGACAAUGGAAUAUUAUGCAGUACUAAGAAGAAAUGAGAACCUUGCCAAAGGGGCAGCCGGUGGCGCCCUGCUCGCCCGCGUCAGCGCCCUGGGCUGGUAGGACCUGCUCCCUUCCCUUGCCUCAAGGCGCUCUUCAGAAUCUGAAAAGGAAGCAGUUGGGGGCAUGGUGCCCGUGAGCUGGGGUGCACACCAGGGACAUCUUUCAUCCCCAGGUCCCUCCCCGAGCUUGAGGUCAGAACAGAGAUGAGAGUCUAGAGGAGAAAGGAAACUCGCCCUUUGGGCUGAUGCCCACGCCGGGAAAGCUCUGGCUGACUCUUCGUGGUGCAAGCAUCUCGGUCUUCAUUUUACAGAUGAGCAGACUUGAAGCUUAGAGGAACCCAUUCAUUUCUUAGUCCAACAGUUAAUUAAAGCACCUACUUUGUGCCAGGCCCUGGGUUAGGCUCUGGAGACACAACCACGAACAAGACACGCGCUCAUGAAGGAAGACACAAAACAUAAGGGAGUGAUGCCCAACUGAACUUGAGCCCGCAGAGGUCUGCACAGGGGUGCCCAGGAGCCCUGGGACCACACCAGCUCUGCCACACAUGUAUCAAUACAGAGUGGCGGGCUGCCUCCCUGGACCUGUUUCUCCAUGAGGAAGUAGAGAACAUCUGCUCCCUUCCCCUAACUUUCUGGAAAGAAGGCCAGGGAGGAAGAGCCCUCUCUCCCCCAAGGUCUUGGUUCUUUUGGACAGGUCCACUUGCCAGAAGACCAAGGGGGCUUAUUUCUGCCGAAGCUGCAGGGAUAGGCCUCAGGGCACAGAGCCCUAGUGACCUCACUGCCAGAGCAGGUGCAGGGGGAUGGGAUAGUUUCUAACUCAGGGGCACAACCUUUAGACACAGGGCCUCCUCCUCUUUCAAACACUGCGUGGCUGGAGAGCCAGGGCCUAGAGCUGUCUCCCUACAUGGUCUCUAUAAAGCAGUGCUGGAUAGCUGGGGCCGGACUGAGAGCUGCUGGCAGGUAGAUCUGGUUUCCCGUACCAGCCGUGGCUGUGGGCAGUUCACUUAAGCCCCUCUGAGUCUCAGUUUCAUCCCAGAAAUGGAGGAAAUGACAGUAUUUACCGUAUAGAGGUGUUGGGAGAUCAAAUGAGAUAAUGCACUUAAAAUGCUGUACAGUGGUUAAGAAUCCACCUGCCAAUGCAGGGGACACGGUUCGAGCACUGGUCCAGGAAGAUCCCACAUGCUGUGGAGCAACUAAACCCGUGCACCACAACUACUGAGCCUGCGCUCUAGAGCCUGUGAGCCACAACUACUGAGCCCGCGCGCCACAACUACUGAAGCCCCUGCCCCUAGAGCCCGUGCUCCGCAACAAGAGAAGCCACCACAAUGAGAAGCCCACGCACCACAACGAAGAGUAGCCCCCGCUCGUCACAGCAAGAGAAAGCCGCGUGCAGCAAUGAAGACCCAGUGCAGCCAAAAAUAAAUAAAUUAAAUAAAUAAAUUUUUAAAAAAAGAAGAAGAAGAAGAAAUGAGCUCUCAAGCCAUGAAACAACAUGGAGGAAACUUCAAUGCAAAUGACUAAGAGAAAGAAGCCAAUCUAAAAGGGCUACAUCGUGUAAGAUUCCAACUAUAUGACAUUCUGGAAAAGGCAAAACUAUGGAGACAGUAAAAAUAUCAGUGGUUGUCAGAGGAUGAGGGGAGGGAGGGAUGAAUAGGCAGAGCACAGAGGAUUUUAGGGCAAUAAAACUAUUCUGUGACACUAUAAUGGUGAGUACAUGUGGUACGUUUGUCCAAACCCAUAGAAGGUACCACACCAAGAAUGAACCCUAAUGUAAACUAUGGACUCUGAGUGAUAAUGAUGGGUCAAGGUCAUCAACUGAAGCAAGUGUCCCACUCGGGAGAGUGGGGUGCUGAUAAUAGGGGAGGCUAUGUGUGUGUGGGGCAAGUGGGAGUAAAGAGGGGUAAAUGGGAAAUCCUAACCUUUUGCUCAGUUUUGCUGUGAACCUAAAACCGCUCUAAAAAAUAAAGUCUAUUAAAAAAAUAGUGUCCCUCAUUUGGGUUUGUCUGAUGUUUCCACGUGAUUAGAUUGGGGUCAUGCAUUCCUGGUGGGAAUCCUGCCCCUCGUUGGUGAUGCUAUUUUAAUCCUUUGGUCAAGAUGUUGCCUGAUUCUCCUCCUGUAUCGUUACCCUUCCCCCCACCUGCUACUAAUAAACAAUCUGUAAAGAGACACUUUAAGAGCAUGCCAAUAUCUUUCCCCUCAUCAAAAAUCUCCCGCUAAACUUCACAUCCAAUGUUGAGUUUUGCCCACAGGCUGCCUUCCUGUCGGCCGCCCCUCGCUGUCUUUGUUUCUCCGGUUAGGACAUUACGUAGGAGCAGGUUAGCCUCCGCUUCCGGUCCAGUCCAGUGUCGCUCUCCUGGCCAACACCCAGCCUUCCUGAUCUGACCCGGGUUCGAGUCCCUCAUUCACAGCCCAUCUCAUGUGUGGCAGCCAGACCUUCCCACAGCGAGUGGGACUCUGGGAGACUCGUCUCAUUUCCUGUCCUGCAAAGCUUCUCUUUCUCACGGCUGCUACCAUAGCCCCAGGCUAGGUCAAAAGGACCAGCCACCCUGGGUGGUGAGGCCAGGAGCUCUCUUCCCCCCAGCAGGCCUCAGGGGCUGCGGAUGGUGAAAUCUCACCUUCGAGGCUGCACUGGGAUCAGUAGAGACCUGCAGUAAGAUACCGAGCAGUUAGGGCAGCUGCUUUGAGGUUGGGCGGCUGGGAGCCCACAGGAAGUGACUUGGUGCAGAGCUGAUGCGUCUUUACCCCGGCACCCAUCCCGGGACGGGAGCUGCAGGCUGGCGAGGCUGGGGGCAUGUCCGCGGAGUGCGGGGAACCUGGGCCCGAGGGGCUUCAGGGCUGGUCCCCGGGGCCAGGCGGGCACUCAAGGGCCAUGGGCUCGGGUCCGUGCCCCUCUCCAUCCACGCCCACCCCCUGGAGCCUGCCCCGCUGGAGAGCUUACGUGGCUGCUGCCGUGCUCUGCUACAUCAACCUCCUGAACUACAUGAACUGGUUCAUCAUUGCAGGAGUUCUGCUGGACGUACAGAAGUUUUAUCAGAUCAGUGACAGCAAUGCUGGUUUGCUUCAGACAGUCUUCAUCGGCUGCCUGCUGCUGUCUGCACCCGUGUUUGGCUACCUGGGCGACCGACACAGCCGCAAGGUGACGCUGAGCUUAGGUAUCCUGCUCUGGUCAGGAGCAGGCCUGUGCAGCUCCUUCAUCUCCCCUCGGUACUCCUGGCUCUUCUUCCUGUCCCGGGGGGUGGUGGGCACUGGCACUGCCAGCUACUCCACCAUUGCGCCCACUGUCCUGGGAGACCUCUUCGUGAGGGACCAGCGAACCCGAGUGCUGGCCAUCUUCUACAUCUUUAUCCCUGUUGGAAGUGGUCUGGGCUACGUGCUGGGGUCGGCUGUGACGGAGCUGACCGGGAACUGGCGUUGGGCCCUCCGAAUCAUGCCCUGCCUGGAAGCCGUGGCCUUGAUCCUGCUUAUCGUCCUGGUUCCAGACCCACCCCGGGGAGCUGCUGAGAAGCAGGGGGUGGUGACCGUUGGGGGCCCAAGGAGCACCUGGUGUGAGGACGUCAGAUACCUGGGGAGAAACUGGAGUUUUGUGGGGUCGACCCUUGGAGUGACAGCCAUGGCCUUUGUGACUGGAGCUCUGGGCUUCUGGGCCCCCAAGUUUCUGUUCGAGGCCCGUGUGGUGCACGGGCUGCAGCUUCCCUGCUUUCGGGAGCCGUGCAACAGCCAGGGCAGCCUGAUUUUUGGGGUACUGACUGUUGUGACUGGCCUUGUUGGGGUCAUCCUGGGAGCAGAGGCUUCGAGGAGAUACAAGAAAGUCAACCCAAGGGCUGAGCCCCUCAUCUGUGCUGCCAGCUUGUUUGCUGCAGCCCCCUGCCUCUACCUGGCUCUCAUCCUGGCCCCGACUACCCUCCUGGCCUCCUAUGUGUUCCUGGCCUUCGGGGAGCUGCUCCUGUCCUGCAACUGGGCCGUGGUUGCUGACAUCCUGCUGUCCGUGGUGGUACCCAGGUGCCGGGGGACGGCAGAGGCGCUUCAGAUCACAGUGGGCCACAUCCUGGGAGAUGCCGGCAGCCCCUACCUCACUGGACUUAUCUCCAGCGCCCUGCGGGCUGCGCGUCCCGACUCCUACCUGCAGCGCUUCCUCAGCCUUCAACAGAGCUUCCUGUGCUGCGCCUUCGUUAUCGUCCUGGGUGGUGGCUGCUUCCUGCUGACUGCACUGCACCUGGAGAGAGACCAGGCCCAGGCCCAGGCCCAGGCCCGGCAGACAGGGAUCCCCGACAGCAAGGACGUGCACAGCGAGGCCAUGGAGAGCCAAUGCCUGCUUCCCAGCACCGGUGCCUCCCCAGAGGACCCCUGAGGCCCCUGCCUUGCAGCGAGGAGGUCCCACCCACCCUGCUCGCACCUUUCUGGGCGGCCUCCACUGUAUCAGUGCCUCUGCCCACCUUUGACUGCGGCUCCGGGACCCUGGCCAAGCUGCACCUGCCACUUCUUCACUCCCAGCUAGAGAGCUGGCAGCGCCUGUGGCUGGGCUGGGAAUUGAGCUGUCAGCACCCUCGGUGGGAGGCCUGAGCCUGUGCCUGCACCCCGCACGAGGCCACGCCAGCGCGGGUCCCUCAGCCUGGCUGCUGGCGGCCCGAUUAAAGUGUGGCCAGUACAAAGCCCGUGGAUAUAGGCCUUUGGACCUAUGUUAUUUAUAGCCUCAAGGUGUCUCUGCUGGGAUUAGAAGCAGGAGACGGGGAGGUGGGCAGUCUGGGCCAAGGAUGCAGGGCUGCUCAGCAUGGGCCUCUGGGCGUCCGCACCCUGGACCACCUGCUGUGACCCAGGUUCCCCAGUCUGCAGGGGCAGCCCUCUGCGUGCGUUCACCCUCUGAACAAGUGGGGGCUGAAUCAGUAGUCUUGAAGAGAGGUUUCUACUCCGGUGCUGGUGUGGGAGUGUGGCUGCAAGAACCAAGGAGGCGCUCAGAGGAGUGCCUAGGCCUGCGCAGACCCACGCUGGGGGGCUGGCAUGGCUGUGCGUGAGCGCCCUGCUCUGCAUCUCGGCCUCCUCCCGCACGGGGAGGGCCGGCUCGCUGGGACUCGUAUUUGCCCCUGGGCUCGGAGCAGCUGGGCACAGUGGGCCCCGCAGGAGAUCAACAGCUUCCAGGCGGGCAGCAGUGGGGAGGCAUGUCCUUUCCGCCAUGAGCAUAAGCAGGUCUCCCCUGCCCUGGUGCCCAGCUAGGCAAUCACUGUUCACUUGCUGAUCGCCACUUGCGGUGUGCCAGGCUGGGCCUGCCUCCCAGCAGCUGUGGGCAGAGCAGUGACCCAGACUCACACUCACCUCCUGACCCUUGCUUGCCGCCCCCCUGCCCCCCUGUGGUGUCCUCCCUGCCCCUUAUGUUGGAUGGGACAGGCUUCAGGAGCUGGACACUCCCGCUCAGCCCGCGCCUGCCACGCUCACCCCCAAGUCUCAGCGGCCCCUCAGGAGCAGCUGUCACCAGGGUGACCUCCCCUUCCACCCACGAUCUGACGCUUGGCACUCCUGAAACGGCCGGCCCUGAAGUUAGGAGAGAAAGGAUUCACGAGGCUGCAUGGGCACUUGCUGGGUGAUCAGUCCCUGAUGCUGUGGACUCACUUGUUGGGAAUGUUGAUGGAGGAGCACACUGCUGAGCAGGACGAGGCCCUCAGACCUGAUCUGCUCACAUCAUGUGUUAAUUGCUCUUCCUGGACACACGCUGCAUUCCAGCUCCCAGGUGUCAUCCAGGUGUCCUUCUGGACAUCCAGCAGCACUUUGGGGUCAAGGACAGAGGCGCUGGCUUGCUGCAGUCAGGUGA